CGCCUCCUCCAGCGCUAUGGCCCAGCCGCCGCCUGACGUGGCAGAGGACCAUUGUCUCCCUGAGUAUCGCCACCUCUUCUGUCCGGACCUGCUCCGGGACAAAGUGGCCUUUAUCACGGGCGGGGGCUCUGGCAUUGGGUUCCGGAUUGCUGAGAUCUUCAUGCGGCAUGGCUGCCACACGGUUAUCGCCAGCAGGAGCCUGCUCAGAGUGUCAACGGCUGCUAAGAAGCUGGCUACUGCUACCGGCCAGCGGUGCCUGCCUUUAUCUAUAGAUGUCCGAGCUCCUGCAACUAUCAUGGCUGCUGUGGACCAGGCACUGAAGGACUUCAACAAAAUUGACAUUCUUGUUAACUGCGCAGCUGGAAACUUCCUGUGUCCUGCCAGCACACUGUCCUUCAAUGCCUUCAGGACUGUGAUGGAGAUCGAUACCAUCGGCACAUUCAACGUGUCUCGUGUGCUCUAUGAGAAGUUCUUCCAGGACCAUGGAGGGGUGAUCGUGAACAUCACUGCGACCCUGGGCAACCGGGGGCAGGUGCUCCAGGUGCACGCAGGCUCUGCCAAGGCGGCUGUGGAUGCAAUGACACGGCACUUGGCUGUGGAGUGGGGUCCCCAGAACAUCCGCGUCAACAGCCUCGCCCCUGGCCCCAUCAGUGGCACAGAGGGGUUCCGGCGACUAGGUGGCCCCCAGGCCAUCAUGAGCACACAGGUCCUUGGAAGCCCCCUGCAGAGGCUGGGGAACAAGACUGAGGUGGCCCACAGUGCCCUGUACCUGGCCAGCCCCCUGGCAUCCUACGUAACAGGGACAGUUCUGGUGGUUGAUGGUGGAGUGUGGCUGACGGCUGCAAACAAUAUCAAGAGGCUGGCGGAUUUUGAACUUUUCUCUGCUAAGCUGUAGGUGUGAAUGGCCAAGGCGGAGGUGGUGUUCUGAAGAGGAAGCGGUCGUCAGCGUGCUCCUGAGUUCCCAGGACACCUCCUGCAGGGCUCUUCUGGAGAACUUCCUCCCUUCCCUUCCCUGACCCUCACUAGAUGAGUUCCCUGGACCAUGGACUUCCCAGACUCCGAAACUGACAGCAGUUGGGUGAUGUGAGGGCUGAGAAGGUGAACUGUGAUGCCUGAUGAGACUUGACUCUUCCGUCACCAUGGAGAUAACAGGGAAAUAUGAAGACCAGUGCUGCAAUGAACACCCUUUUCCUGUUUCCUUGUGAAUACAUGCAAGUUUCUCUCUGUUCCCAGGAGAGCUGGCUGUUUAAAAGACCCUGGCACCUU